GAGAAUGUUACCAUCUGACUUAAUAGCCCCUUAACGUAAGGCUUGGACCAUUGAAGAAGAUCAUCAAUUGUAAGAAUUGCGAUAAAGCAUGGGAUUGGACUGGAUUGAAGUCGCUCGCCGAAUUGGAGGGAGAAAUCCAUCACAAUGUGCUCAGAGAUGGAAGCGAAUCAAAGGCUAUAAGCUGAGAAGAUAAUGGACUUCAGAAGAAGAUGAUAAACUAAAGAGUUUAGUCAAAGAAUAUGGCUAUCAUUGGAGUAGAAUCGCCAAAUUAAUGCCAAAUAGAUCAGGUAAAUAAAUUAGAGAGCACUAUUUGAACCAAUUGCACCCAGAUUUGAAUAAUGAGCCUUGGAGCUUAGAAGAGGAUGAAUAAUUAAUAGAAAUAUAUAAAAAAAUUGGUGGGAAAUGGAGUGCCAUAUAGAAACAAUUGAAUGGGAGAUCGGAAAAUAGCAUAAAGAAUCGAUUUUAUUCUUAUCUUAGAUCGAAAUAUUAUGGAGUUAAGAACCCGUAUUACAUUGUUCCAGAAUAAGUAAAAAUAACAAAGACUGAUUAAAAACAAAAUAAAAUAGAUGAAAUUCAUUCUCAAGAUUACUCAGUUUAAAUUUAUUGGAAUAAUACUUAAUAAUACAUGCUACCAAUGAGUACGAACAGUUAUCCUUAAAUGAGUCCAGUGAAUAACUUUCCCUCCUUUUAAAUAUUUUAUCCGAUUUUAACUUGCCCUCCUCCCCCUUAUUUAUUGCCAUGUACGUCAAAUGUUAUCCAACCAUGUUGAACAGAUAUGAAUCUGUAUGUUUUUAUCGAG